CGCCGCGCGGCCAGCACCCGGCACCCGCCGCGCGAGCCCCCACCUGCAGCUGCACCGCCCCCCCCCAGGGGCCCGGCCGCGUGCUGCUCGAGGGCACCUCCCGCGGAGCCUAUCGAUACCUGUACAUAUGUCUCGAUAUGUUUCAAUGCGAUUCGAAAGUCGCAGCGGUGAAGACCAAGCAUGGAGAGUAGCACCGGAGUGGGCAGCGUAGCGUCUCUCACGAUGGAUUGCGAGGACAUGUUCAAAGAAAUAACGAAAAAGCUGUACGGCGAAGAGGCGAGCGUGGGCGUCGGCAUCGGCGUGGGCGUGGGCGUCGGCGGCGUGGUGGGCGUGGAGUUUCCGGCGGCCGAGCGUGACCUGCAGGAGGACGAUCUGCGCCCCGAGGAGCACAUCACCGCCUGGGGCCUCGCCGCGCUCAUGCAGAACGGCUUCCCGCCGCCCGGCAUUCUUCAGGCGAACUUCACGCCGCGCACGGACCCCACGGCGGAGGACCGCUGGACGGCCGCCGAGGAGCCGCUGGCGUGGGCGCACUCGCGCAUCGCCGCCUACAACCCGGCGCAGCGCCUGUUCAAGUGCACGGACUGCGAGUGCGUGGGCUUCCUGGCGCGCGUGGCGGAGCACUGGCUCGGCACGCACUCGCAGGCGCGCGCCUUCCAGUGCCCGCUGGGGGGCUGCGGCUUCGCGUCGGGCUGGGCGCGCGCCGUGCGCUCGCACCUGGCGCGCGACCACCACUCCGACCCGGCUGCCGCCGACCACCUGCUGCGCGACAACCCCGCGCUCGACGACCUCACGCGCUACCUGCAGCGCCUCAAGACCAAGGUCGAAGCGGCAAGAACUGAAAGGCGCAAUUCGACAAAUGGUUCCGGCGGCAACGCGGGCGGCGAGGCCGUGUCGCCGGGCGAGGGUGGCGCGCCCGACGCCGGCAAGCGCUACGCGUGCGGCGCCUGCCCCUACGCCACCGACCGCCGCGACCUGUUCACGCGCCACGAGAACAUCCACCGCGACGAGAAGCCCUUCCACUGCUACCUGUGCCAGAAGCAGUUCAACCGCGCCGACCACGUCAAGAAGCACUUCCUGCGCAUGCACCGCGACCAGCCCUACGACCUGAACCGCAUUCGGCGCGCCGCGCUGCCCGCGCUGCCCGCGCUGCCCGCGCUGCCCGCCGCGCCGGCGCCCGACUGCCGCGCCGCGCCCGUCAAGCUGGAGCGCGCCCCGCUCGCCAAAUCCGACGCGCCCUCCGCCCCCCACAAGGCCGCAGCGCCUAGCCCGGUCCGCAGAAAGGGCGAGCGGCGCUACGCGUGCUGCUACUGCGCGUGGUCGGGCGUGGACAACUGGUGCCUCAAGCGGCACCUCAACACGCACCUGAAGCCGUUCGCGUGCGCGCUGUGCGAGUACAAGGCGGCGCGCGCCGAGCGGCUCGCCACGCACGUGCACAAGGUGCACAACAAGAAGGCCUGCGCCAAGUGCCCCUUCCUCGCCGACGACGCGCACCAGCUGGCGCUGCACCUCCGCGACGCGCACCAUAUCGAGAGCCGCAACCUGAAAGUGCCCACGAGCGUGAGUCGCGGGUUCCCGAGCGCGCCGCAGCAGCCGGCGCAGCAGGGCGCGGGGGCGCCGGCGGGCGGGGGCGCGGGCGCGGGCGCGGGCGGGGCGGCGGGCGCGGGCGGGGCGCCGGGCCCCGCGCAGGGCGCCGGCGGGGGCGCGGCGAGCGCGGGCGGGUCGCGGCGCCGCGAGGGCCGGGCCGCGGGCGCCGCGCGGCUGUUCGGCUACCUGGAGGCGUCGGACGGGUCGGGCGACGAGUACGAGCCGCCGCCGCUGGGCGAGUUCGCGGCGCCGCACUACGCGCGCGACAAGGAGAACGCCGCGCCGGCGCCGCUGCACCACUCGCUGCACGACCACUGCCUGCGCUACUGAACGGCACCCGACGGUGUCUUACCGCAUGGAGUUAUAUUUAAAGGCUUAUCGAUUAUAUUAGUCGUAAGAAAGUUAUAUAUUAGAGUUAUAAAAUACGUUAUCGCGUUCACUGCGUGCACCGCAAUAUUGUAAAUUAUGAUUAUUGAUUAUGAACACGAGGUUAUAUUUCUUGUCGAUGAUUGUUUUGUUUAGUUUUAUUGAAAUAAAUUAAUUUAAAACUU